AUGGACGAUACCAAUUCGACUCUAGCCGACGACGUGGAAGUCAUCAACAUUACAUCGGAACAGGUAACGGAAUGCAGCGACCGGUGCCAACAUAAUGACGAGCUAUAUCAAGCAUGGACAGUAGUCGGCGUGGCUGAACCGCAAGAUACUGCAAGCAACGACGAGAACAGUCUUGUCGAGAUCUCGAGCGUUUCAAGCCCUCUCCACGUUCAGUUCAGUGAUCUUGAGGUCACUGAUAUCCCACCGCCCCGGAUCCCCUGGCCGUCGAGCCUGCCUUGGUUCCAAUUUCAAGAUCGUUACUUCAACAACAUCGCAUUGCGAGCCAUGCUCUCCAAGGAGUUGAACCUCGGACCUAAUGCCACCAGCAGGGAGACGAUGUCGAGGAUGAGGCUGGCCAUCAUCUCACCGAAGUACUCGCUCACAACAAAGGCCGGCUUUAACCGUGCAGUGUGCAAGGCCAAUAGUAUUAUGCCAGAGCAGUUUAAUGGACAAAAUGCCGAUCGAAUCAAAGCACUGAUCAGUGCCGAUCCGCUCGAGGCAAAGAUGCAGGAGUUUCAACUCUUCGCAUACCAGCUCUCCAAUGGUCUCGUUGAAGAUGAGGAUGACGAGUUCGUUGAAGAGAAUGGCAAGUAUACCAAGAUCAUUGAGAUAUUCCGAGAUAUAGGCCUGCCACAAGCUGUGUGGAAAGACUUGUUCUCCAAGAGCCGCGAUCAACCGACUGGUAGGGCGUUCAUCGAGGCACUCUUUGAAGCUGCCGUCAACACCCAGACACUUGACAUCUGCGAGACACUCCUUGAGGCGGGGGCGGACCCAGACAAUAUCAUCAAUACAUGGUCAAUGGGGUGUCUCGCGCGGCCGCUUCAGCUCAGCAUGGAUUGUCGCGUAGGGGACGUGGAUCUCGCACGUCUUCUGAUCCGGUUUGGGGCGGGCGUUGGCCUUGUCACAGAGGAAGACUCAGAAACACCCUUGUUCAAGGCAUGCAAAGAGUCCACAGCCGAAGCCGUGCAAGUAUUGGUCGAAGCUGGGGCGGACAUGAUGCGGAUGGAUUGGAACGAUAACUUGUUGACACCCGACUCGGCUCUUACAAACGCAGUGGAUGCGGACUGGAGGAUGGCCCAUAUACGAGACGAAGAGGACGAGGACGACUUAGCGAGCUCCGAGAGAGAUCGACCCGGCUUGAAGACUCUCAGAUACCUUCUGACCCUGUAUGACCAAGGACGGCAUCAUGACCUCAUCCAAGACGCCUUCAUCAGAGCCGCCUCUGAAGACCGAAGGGACAUGCUCAUGGACCUAGUAGAGGCCGGUGCGUGCAUCGACGAGAGAUCACCUGAUGGGCACACGGCUCUCAUUGCCGCUACAUGGCGUAGCUACCAAGGCAGCAGCUCGCGGAUGAUCAAGAUGCUACUGGAUCUUGGCGCCGAAGUCGACCUCGCCAUGCCGGACUCGAACAUCACGGCCUUGCACAUUGCUGCAGCCGAGGGCGACGAGAAGGUAACAAAAGUUCUCAUUGCUUACGGAGCAGAUAUCAACGCCAUUGCGGUCAAUACAGGAGGCGCAGACCGACGCCUUCUCGGCUCACAUUUUGAAGCAUCCGGGGCUAGUGCGGACGCAUUAUGCGAGAUGAAUGCCUGCCAGACGCCGCUACAGUUUGCGUUGUUUAGGAACAAGGCCAAGGAAUCGCGUUAUACUACGCCAAAACACGGAGGUGCAGCCCUGGCUUUGAUCGGUGCUGGGGCCGCUCUCAAGUGUGGCGACGUUACAAGGGCUUGCUGCUUCGAUAACAUUGAUCUGCUCCGCGAGCUAUUGUCCCGCGGCGCCGAUGUGGACGAGUUGGACUUGGCUGGGCGGUCCGCGUUACAGGCUUGUCUCGAAUUUGGGAACGUCAAUCUAGUUGGCUGCCUGCUCGAGGCGGGGGCAAGUCUGCGCGGGUGUAGGUUGCAUUCCGUCAUGAAGAGCGGUCGGCGUGAUGUUGUUGAGAUGCUCAUCAGACAUGGAGGCGGUGCGGUCGUUGGGAAUGAUGCCGAGUGCUCACUUCUUGAGGCCGCUGCUUCGAGCCAAAACUGGGACCUAAUGGUAUGGCUGAUGGAAACUCACCAUGUUCCAUACGAUCAAGGUGCGCUAUGCGCUGCUAUUUGCUCCGGCAUUGGUAGCAACAGAGGGAACGGUGGCUACCUCGAUAUGCUCCUACAAAGAAGGCCUGACGACAUGGUAGGAGGAGAUAUGGAGGCCACAGCCUUGGGAUAUGCCACUUUCCACCGCCAGAGGUGGGUUCUUGAACGUCUCCUCAAGCUCAGGAUCAGCGGGUAUUGUACCAUCCCCGUUAAAACCGACGGAGACUGGCUUCAUCUGGUAAAAGGGCACCCUCGGAUUAUGUCCUGGGCAUAUGAGAAGCAGUUCUGGCGCGAUCCAGAGAUGGCUCGGUGCUCCGUUCUCGUACCUGCCAUCCACGGCGGUGACUGGAAAGCUGCACAACAACUGCUGGAAGCCGGCUUCAAACCGGACAGGCUAUGUCUAAUCGUGGCCAUCCGCAGACAGCCAGUUGGGGCCAUCGUUGAUCUGACGAAUCGGCUAUCACGGGUUGACAGGUUCGAGCGCGCCAGAAGCGACCUCGACACGCCUCUUCAAGCCGCUGUUCGACACAGAAGACUCGACAUCGCGAGAUUUCUACUAUUCCUCGGCGCUGAUGCCAACGCUCCAGCGUCGGAGGGACCAGUUGCCGACAAUGACUGGUCGGACCCAAUCUUUCCACGUACCGCCCUUCAAGCCGCUGUCGAGAAUGCUGACGACAAAAUGGUGGACCUACUCCUCAAAGUGGGCGCAAACAUUAACACACCGCCAGGGAAGGACUCUGGUGCCACGGCGCUGCAGAUUGCGGCUGGAAAGGGGCACAUGGAUAUGGUCAAGAGGUUGCUAGCUCUGGGAGCAGACGUUAAUGCACAAGGAGCGGUUUGGGAUGGCAGGACGGCGUUGGAAGCUGCUGCUGAAGGAGGGAGAUUGGACAUGGUGCAGUUUUUGCUAGAGGCGGGAGCAGGGGUUCGCAGUUGCGAGGGCCGCUGGAGGGGAUAUGAGGGGGCUAUUGAGUUGGCUGAGGAGAAGGGACAUGAUGCAGUUGCACAGGUACUGAAACAGUGGAAGGAGGGGAAGAUGAUGGAUGAAAAUCAGGGUAGAGGGUCUAAUUAA